CUCGCUCCCGCUCGAUCUGAGCUGUUGCGUUUCGGGUCGCGACUCGCGAUCUCCUCGCGUCGUUUAGUGCUACUUCCAGGAAUCCGGUCGACCGCAAGUUCCCUCGACUGUGAGGCUCGAGAAGUCUAUUCAUCAGCCACGACUUCCCUCAGAGAAACGCCCGUAGCUCCGUCUGUCACUCAGAGGCUGAAACUCGCUGGUGGGAGCGGUCCGCAAUUCCGAAUUGAAUUGGAAUAGCUCAAGCUCGUUCCACGGGUCGAGCCGCGACGAGUAUCGAGGCGGAUAUAGAGUUACAGAAACGGGGAAUUUGCGAACGGAAGAGCCGCCCGGAACAACAAAUGGCAAGCGGUUGUCUAUCGCACUUCGAAGAGCGCAGUGGACGAAUCGAAUCGUCGACUUCUUGGGGGAGCUGGUACCAAACAGUUGCCGAGGUGUUCGCGAUCGUCAACGUUCCCGCAGGUACGCGAGCGAAGCAGUUGGAUAUCAAGAUCACUCCGAGGGAGCUCCAUGUGGCUUUGGAUGGCGUCAAAGUCUUCGGAGGGAAACUUUACCGUCCUGUGCGCGCAGACGAGUGUACGUGGACCCUUGAGGAAAAAACGAAGGUCCUGAUCUUGCUGGCAAAGGCUGAAUAUUCACGACCCGCGAAUGAGGUUUGGCCUUCCCUACUAGAAGGGGAAUUCCGUGCUGAUCCUCUUGUUCUGCAUGAGAUGAGGAAAAAAAUAGAUCUGGAGAAAUUCCAGCUUGAGAAUCCGGGCUUCGAUUUCAGCGGAGCAGAACUGAGCAAAAAAUAUGAUUCCGCUCCGGAUGUCGAGGAGACUCUGUAG